AUGACUUUACCAAAUUUAUCAAAUACAAAUCAUUUUCAUUCAUUGGUCAUCGGCAUAAAUACAUUAGCCUUUCUACAACGUUUAUUAAAAUGUAUUCCUUCUAUUAGAAAUCUAUCUGUUGGGAUACAAGAUGAAGAAAUAAACCAUGAGAAUAAUUUUGAUAUUUACAAAUUACCAACUCCUGCUGAUGCUUAUCGUUUAUGUCGACUAUCUCGUCUUAGCUUGAUCUGUUUCAAUAAGAUAAGUUUCCAUAGAACGAUUGCACUUUUUUCAUCUGUAUUUGGUCAUCUCAUUUACCUGUCACUAAAAUUAAGAGCUUAUUCGUCAAUAUCUGAUCCAUUGAUUACAUCAGGUGACAUGGUUCAAAAAUUAUGCAUUGAUCAUCUCAAUUCAUCUGCAACCUUUGCUCUUAAUUUGACAUUCGAUGUCAUCAAUGAUAUGAAAGAUAAAGUAAUUUUUAAUUUAUUUGCCAACGCUCCAUUUAUUAAUCAACAACGCCGAAAAGUGUUUAUCCGAAAUAAUUUUUCUAUAAGUAAUGGUCACGAUACAUAUUGUUUUGUCGUGUACACAUUACCCUACACUGAUACUCAAUUUGGACAAAGAAUCUUUAGAGAUACUUUCUUAUUUUUAUUUAUCAGACCUUGUCCAAUGAAGGUUACAAGUGAAUAUUUGUUUCUACGUUCUGAUGAAUUAUAUAUUAGCGGCGAUCAUCAAUGCAACGAAUGCUUUACAGAACUUGGUAAUUGUGGAAGUUCUCUAUCAUCAUUAGUUCCGUGGCCAUUAUUUAAACAAAUUACUAUUGAUUGGAGCUAUUCCGUUAAUGCUGCUCAAUUAGAAGCCAUAUUACGAUUAGCUUAUAAUGUAGAUGCAUUAGUAUUGAUUGAUGAUAUAGGUCUUCUAACUCGAAUGAUACUUCAUAAUACCGAUCAAAUUCAAUCACUUUGUACGAUUGAUGAUACAUUGAAAAUGGUUAAUAUUCAACGCUUUUGUGAAUCACUCUGCAGUCGAUUACCUAAUCUAGAAGAACUUUCCUUUUCUAUUGCUAAGUCGGGUCACACUGACACUCGGAUACCAUUAGAUAGUGUAGAUGAUGAAAAUAAAUCUGUAAAACGUUUUGUUAAUGCUAUUCAUUUUCUUGUUAAUCAUUUGCAACAACUUGUUUCGCUUCAUAUAUCUUUUCACUAUCGAGUUUCAUCUGAAACACUCUGUUUCUCACAUUUACUCCGACGACAACUGUAUGAAUGGUCACUUAGUCGACCUUAUCGACUACAAUGUUCUUCCAAAUGGAUUCAAAUCUGGCUUUAA